ACUCGAAUUUCUUCACCGACUUGUAAAACCAAUAUGGAUUGGUUAUCUCUUUGUGUCUGUGGUACGAAGCGCAAUCUCAAUGAUAGAAAGGCCAAGAAAGAAGGAAGACGCAAGAAGAACAAGAAAUCCAAAAAGAAUUCCAAGCAGAAGGGAUCUCAUGAAGCGCCGCCAUUUAUCGUCGAUGAGUUUUCGCGCAAAUUGCAGGACGAGGAGCCAAUCGAGAAGGAAAUUGCGGGGAGAGAAUGGUUGAACGGAGAAGUUGUUAAUUACCUCGAUGAUAGCGCGAAAAAUCAGAUCGGGUCAAACGAUCAAACUGAUCCAUCGAAAGUCGACGACUCGCCGAUCAAUCCCUGGCCUUCUCAAAUCGACGACGAUCAUGAAAGCUUUGAGAAGGAUUCGGAAAGAAACGUGGGCGAAUCCGAGCCAGGACCACGUGAUAUCGAUUACUACUACGACAAUGUGGUUCUACAUUCGAGAUGUGGCUCGAGUACGGCCGAUGAAAACGAGAAGCAAUUCAACUACAUCUCGGAUGAGAAAGAACACGAUGAAGAGGCGGAUCUGGAUGAUUCUAUUCCAAUAUCGAUGACUUCCGAAGAGCCUGAAGAUUUAUCCUGGAAAUCUGAAGUAAAAAAUAAACAGGAUUCGGUUUUGAGAUCGAGUUUUGAUAAAAAAUCCGGGGAGAGAAUUUCGUCUAGAAUUAAUUUUUCUAACGAGGAGCGGGGAAAAUCGAAGGUGAAAGAAUCCUCGAGGAAAGGCUCCAGGAACGUUCUUCCGCCGAUCAAAGGGAAAUCUCCCAUCGAAACUUGCAACUUGAGUAAUGAGGAAGCCCACGUGGAAACGAAUAAAUUUGGUUUUAAGAAAAUUGCGGCGUUUUGUGAACGAAAUGAAGUUCGACGAAAAUUGAACUCGUGCAGCUUCGAGAUUCGAUCGUUCGAAGAUGAAGCGCGAGGUGAAAAGACGACGAGGACUCGGGGUGAAGGGUCCAUGAUACCCAGACUUGCAUCCCCCAUGAGGCAGGGAAUGGCAUCGACCAAAAGCAACAGCGAUAAAUCGGGGAUCAUACAAAAUGGUCGCGUUCACUCGGCAGUCGUCUCCGGUGUCAACUUAGAACAGCGCACCGUAACUGUAGAAUGGUUCGAGAGAGGAGAAACCAAAGGCAAAGAGGUGGAGAUCGAUGCGAUUCUCGCCCUGAAUCGCGAUUUGAACCAAAAGAUGAUGGGACCACCGCCACAGAUGAUGAACAACCAUAUGUUGGCAUCCUCGAGAGCAAGGGAACCGGACUCCUCGGCUGAGGAGGACGAGGGGGUCGACGAGUCGGAGAACCAAGAGGAGGGCUCUCUCGGACGCCAUGGUGGUCACACCACGAGAAACGGCCUCGCAUCCGCAACGCUUCCUGUACGAGUCACAUCUCGUCUCUCGCACUCCACCAGGCCGUCUAUUCCAGUGAAAGCGAGUUCGAAUAGGCAAUUGUCACGACAGACAGGUCGCCCGACUAACAUAAUGCCGCCAACCACGUCGGUGAACGGUCACAGCGAGUCGGUUUCCGGCCUCACAGGACGCCGGGAGCUGGAAAACAUACCGCCGACGCCGACGACGACCGUCACGCAAUGCAACUUGAUGACUCCGGUGCAGAACAGACAGCAGAAACAGGCGCAGCAGCAGCAACAGCAGCAACAACAGCAGCAGCAACUGCAGCAGCAGCAGCAAGCUCAGGUGGAAAAUGGCCGAGGUAGGCGAUCCAAUGUCGUCAAAGAAGUCGAAAGACUGAAGAAGAACAGGGAAGAAAGGAGGCAGCGGCAAGCGGAAUUGAAGGAGGAGAAAGAAGCGCUGAUGAAUCUGGAUCCGGGCAAUCCGAAUUGGGAAUUCCUUGCCAUGAUAAGAGAGUACCAGAAUAGCAUAGAGUUCAGGCCGUUGCGAGAGACCGACGCCGUGGAGGAUCAUCAGAUCACCGUGUGCGUGAGGAAACGGCCUCUCAACAAGAAGGAGCACGCGCGUAAAGAGAUCGACGUGAUCAGCGUGCCCAGCAAGGAUCAGAUGGUGGUGCACGAGCCGAAAUCCAAAGUUGAUCUCACCAAGUAUCUUGAGAACCAGAUCUUCAGAUUCGAUUAUGCAUUUGAUGAGACAUGUAAUAAUGAGAUAGUUUACAAGUACACGGCCAAGCCAUUGGUGCAGACAAUCUUCGAGGGUGGCAUGGCCACGUGCUUCGCGUAUGGCCAAACUGGCAGCGGCAAAACCCAUACAAUGGGCGGUGAUUUCAAUGGCAAGACGCAGGACUGCAAGAAGGGCAUUUACGCCAUGGUUGCCAAAGACGUAUUCAAAUGUCUGAAAUUAGCGAAAUAUCGGCCCUUGAAUUUGGUCAUUUCCGCCAGUUUCUUCGAGAUUUACUCCGGCAAAGUGUUCGAUCUCUUGGCAGACAAGGAAAAACUGAGAGUCUUAGAAGAUGGCAAACAGCAGGUCCAAAUAGUUGGUUUAACAGAGAAGGUUGUGGAGACUUGCGAUGAAGUAUUAAAGUUGAUACAACACGGGAACAGCGCCAGAACAAGCGGUCAAACGAGCGCUAAUUCUAAUUCUUCGAGAUCGCACGCGGUAUUCCAAAUAAUAGCGCGUAUCCCAGGUACACAUAAGGUGCACGGAAAAUUCUCGCUCAUCGAUCUUGCGGGUAAUGAAAGGGGUGCUGACACGUCGUCCGCCAAUAGGCAAACUCGAAUGGAAGGUGCUGAGAUCAAUAAAUCUCUAUUAGCAUUAAAAGAAUGUAUACGUGCGUUAAGUCGUAAAGGUACGCAUUUGCCUUUUAGGGCAAGUAAGCUGACUCAAGUGUUGAGGGACAGUUUUAUCGGCGAAAAAUCAAAAACAUGCAUGAUAGCGAUGAUCAGUCCCGGGAUGAGUUCCUGCGAGCAUUCCCUGAAUACAUUGAGAUACGCCGAUCGAGUGAAGGAAUUGGCAGCAACCGAUCCCACAGAAAUUAAAGCUUCACCGACAGACGAUGAACGGGGCAUGAAGAUCGAGGAACAGGGAAACAACAGCGUAUUAUCAGAUAGUGAUUUAGCGCAACUCCGAUCUCUCAAUGAAGGUGAACUCUCGCAAGAUCUGUACACUUUCCACGAGGCAGUGUCUGCUCUGCAAUUGCUCGAAGAAGAAGUGUUGGAUACGCACAAACUGGUCAUGGAUAAUACAACUAAAUUCCUUAAUGAUUCGCAUAGUGUAUUCAGCGCAACUCACGAGGUGGAUUAUGAUCAAGAAGAUUUGAGGCGGAAAAGAACAAAGUUUGAGUCACCCUACCUGAGGAGUUUCUCGUUGCGUAGACGUCUUAUAGAGAGAAAACUAUUUUCCGAUGCAUAUGCCCAAAAGUGGGAGCAGCUGUUAUUACAGCAGCGUGACAUUCUGAACGCGGCGCUCGACCAAGUCAGCCAGUUCCGCGGGCAGCUCUUGCAGGAGGAACAAAUCAGCCAGAAGAUGACCCGAAUGCGCAACAUCACAACGCGAUACAAUUAAGGAUGUUACCCCUCGCGCGAAAAAAAAAGAAAAAAAAAGACAAAAAGUAAUUAUCUCUCACCGGUGAGAAAAGCCCGCUUCUUAUGUGUGUAUCGACUUUUAAUUACAAGCGCGCGUGAAAAGCAGAUAUACCAUGACACAAGUAUAGUGCGACAAGUCAUAGGAAUGCAAAUUGUAACAAAACUUCGUCUUGCCUUCGAAAAUUGCUACGAAAUGUACAUCGACGAGGGGGCAAAGAGCUCGAUUCGUAAAUUUCAUUCUAAUGAUCUUGUAUCAUAUAACGAUUCUUCUCCGAAUGGUUCUCCGUAGCAAAAUGAUGAAAAGAGAGAAUUCCGCGCAGGGAGGGAGCUGAAGCAUAACAGGCAUAAUAACAUUGAUUGCUUGAGACUUCACAUCAGCGAGAAAUUAAGUAUUUGUUUUUACCGCAUUAUGGAUUCGUUCGCCUCGACCGGAGACGACGAAGAAUUUUUUAGUCAGGAUUUCUUUCGUGCCUCUUUUAGUUUGGAAAACCGUAGGAAAUUUUAAGUGAAUACGGAGUCGCUCGCGAAGAUGGUAAACGUACACGUUUUAUUUUAAUUCGGAAACCAAGUUUUCACCAGUACGUAAUUGCAUACUUUAGAGGUGAGCUCUUACAUGUUUUCGGGCCGCACCGAGACCAUCGCAGAAAUUUUAAGCCGUCAACGACACGUCGAUAUUCUCAUUAUACCAUUUGUUCGUCUUCGAAAUGCAAAGCACCAUCGCGAAUGAUAAUGCGUAAGCUAUUAACGACAUCAGAUUAACACAAUCAGUUUUUAGGCUAUAGAAUGCUAGGUGUAUUAUUACGAGGGACCCAAUGUAUUGUUGGAUGAAGAAAAAGCCUUAGUAAGCCGAUUUGCCAAGAAGAGCAGAGAUAUAUCACACGAUACAUUUUGCACACGUACAUUAACAUAUGCAGAUGCAUACAUACCCACACAUAGAGUGAGUGGUCGACUCUUUCAUAAAACCAAAUAACGACUGAUUUCGAGAGAAAAAAGAAAGAUGUAAUUCUUUAGCUCAUAAGAAGGAAACUAUAUUCAGCGGCGCUCAUUCGGAUAUUUAAGUUUCUUAGUAUUAAUAUCGUCGACGGCAUCAAACAGUCCUCAUUUUUUUCUUACAUUAUUAAAAAUAUGAGAUUAAAAUCUUCAUUUGAUUUGUCAACGCAUACUCUUGUAUUUUCUUCCUUACUCUACUGAAUUGCACAUUCGCAAAGCGAUCUCGACAUGCGUGCAAGCUUCACAAAGCUUUACUACUAAAAUACGUCCAACGGAAUAUCGUCUAUUUUUAUCACGAUUAUAACGAUUAUUGCGAAGUUAACGUUCUCUCUAUGGACACAGUUUCUUUAAGCAAAGGAGAUCGCAUAUUCGUAAGAUAUAAAACAAUAAAUUCUCAAUCUAUCC